ACAUACCAGAACCAACUAUUCCGAAAGACGGAGAGACGAAGGAAGAGAGGAAGGAACGAGUGGGUAGAUGGACGAAGGACCUAUUACAGUUGAAGUGGAAGCAGGAGCGGGGAGAGGUGCUAGGCGAGGGGAGUCGUGAGGUGCUAUGGAAUUGUUUGGGAAGAUACGUGAGGAAUACGAGCGGGAAUGGCGGAAGUGAAAGAGGCAAGGGCGUGACCCUAUUUUGUACCCAUGCAAAUGGGAUGCAUAAGGAGACGUUUGAGCCUAUGUUAUCUCACCUUUUAUCUCAAGCCCAGUCAACUUCAGCCUACCAGAUUGACGAAAUUUGGACAUGGGAUGCAGUCCAACACGGAGAUUCAGCCCAAAUCAACGCUUCAAAGCUUCGUGCAAUAUUUGACUGGGCAGAUAACACCCGCGACAUCCUCAAUUUCUUCAUCAAUUACUUGCCAGAGGAUUCAGCUCCUGGAUCUCUCAACUUGCCAGUACAUCUCGAGCGCGUCUCUGAGUCCAUAUCACAACUUCGAACGAAGCAGGGAUUUGCGGACCGCAAGAUCAUUUGUGUAGGCCAUUCGUUCGGUGGCGCAAGCUUAGUAUUAGGAGCGUACAAUCAUCCUUUCCUGUUUUCUGGGUUGGUGUUGGUCGAUCCUGUUAUCAUUCCGCGGGAUUACGAUCGCUCGGAAGACUUACAGGUGUACCUUAGUGGUGCACUGGGGAGGAGGCAGGAAUGGGCUUCGCGGGAGGAAGCACGUCGCCUACUCAAUGCUCCGUUCUUCGCACGAUGGGACCCGGCCGUGUUAGAUUCUUAUGUUGAACAUGGAAUGUAUUCGACGCCGAACGGGAGCGUGAGAUUGAAGACGACUGGUGUCCAGGAAGCUGUCGUAUUCGCGGAAUCACUCGUUACACACGAGGCAUGGGCGGUGCUCGACAAACUCGACGAGAAGAUCGCAUUGAAGUGGAUUAUGCCGGGUGAAGGCGGCAUUGGUACAGAACAACUGGCUCAAGAGCGCGUCUGGCUCAGACCUCGAAAUGCGUCGAACGUCAGGAUAGCCGGCGCUGGGCACCUCGCCGUGCAAGAAAAGCCGAGAGAAGUCGCGGAGGAAAUAUAUGCCUUCUUGGAGGGGUCCCAGUCUGGAACGGCGCAGCCGGAGGUUUGUGCUGGAAGGACGAAGGCUUAUCUUUAGUCUGCCGGUGGACCGUGAUUGCAGAGAGCACGCAAGAAUAGGGCUCGUGAUGAAAGGCGUCUCAGGCAGCAGCUGCGAGCCUUGGAGGGAGAGAUAGUUAGGUACGGGCCACACGACCACAUUCCUUCCGCUCUAUCGAUAGCUCUUCGACGCGACUUCCUCAGACCGGCUGGUGAAGUCUUUACUUAGACGUUCUCCUGCCGUACCCCGCAUCGUCCCGCAUCUGUUUCGCCUCGAGGACAUUGCUUCGCUGCUGUCUCACCAGUGUCGCACUUAAACAGCUUAUCGCUGUCGGUCCUUGUUCCAGUAUUCAUGUAGAUUAUCUGCGGUUAUUAGAUAGUCUACGUCGAUAGCAUGAAUGUACACUAUUUCUUCCUU